AUGAAGAAGUCAGGUCAGAAAAGUCGUCUGUCAAGAUUCAAGAGAGCUUUGUAUAAUCCAGAGAAAAAAGAAUUUUUAGGAAGAACUUGCAGAGAAUGGGUCCUGGUCUUCAUAUUUUACGCAGUUUCUUACACCUUUCUGGCAGCUUUUUUCGUCGGGAUGUUAUCAGUUUUUCUUUAUGGGUGUCUAAAUAACAAUGUUCCAUCGUUAACAGGGAACAAAGCAUUCUCCGAGGUGGACCAGGAAUUGAGCUGGCAGUUAGACCGAAGCCCUAUAGCACUUUUAUUCAAGUUGCGGGAACCUCAUCUCCGAUCAAUAAAGAAUAUGUUAGCAAAUAUGAACAGUUAA